AACGCAGGAUUGUUAUGGUAUUUGUAAUCUCUCCUCUUUCUUCUUCUUUUAGUAAAUGCAAGGGACGCAAGUUAGUUGAAAAGAAACUUCAUCUUCAUGGAACUUAUCCAAUAUCGUUGCUUAUGAGCACAGAUAUAGAAGCUAGUCUAUUGAUAUUAAGCAACGGUCACGGAGAAGACAAAGUUUCUGCAUCCGUAGCCAGAAGAUUGAUUGAAAUUUCGAGGGACUUUUCUGUAAAAGUUUCUAUCAGCGUAUUACCUCUUGUAGGGAAUGGUUCUGCGUACUUUGGUAUGACGCAAGUUGUCCACUUUGCAGGUCCAGUGAAGGAGUUCCCGUCUGGUGGUUUCGUCAACCAUAGGCCACUAGUUUUCUUGAGAGAUAUCAGAGAAGGUCUUCUCGGACUCACGUAUUCACAGUUUCAAACAGUCUCCAAAUGGAGAUCAAAUAGUGUCGGAAUUAAGCUUAUUUUGGCUGUAGGAGAUGUUUGGCCUCUGUUUCUUGCUACACAAGCGAAAACUCCUCUUAUUUUCAUUGGAACCGCGAAAUCAGAAUAUUAUGUGAGAGAUGAAAGUGGACCUCUUCGACGAAGGAAUUUUCUGGAAGAGACAGAGAGUCUUUUAUCAUCAGUUUAUUACCCAUGGGAGAGAACUUUAUUGAAACAGGCCCUUGCUAUUUAUCCUCGAGAUGCUCUUACCGCUUUUUAUCUUGCGAAAUGUGGUCUAACUAACGUGAAGUAUUUUGGUAAUCCAAUGAUGGACGAUCUAGAACCUAGUGGAAAGCUCUUAUCAAAGAUACAUGCUUCCAUGUUCCUAUCCAAUGUUUUACAGUGUUGUGGAAGUUAUCGUAUUGUUCUUCUUCCAGGUUCGAGACAGGAGGAGAUGUAUAGAAACAUGGACAAGCUCCUGUCUUCUAUAAAGGAUUUCGCACAAGAGAAUCGAGCUUUAUUUCUUUUAUCUUGUCCCUCUUCUGCUUCACCUGUACUAAUAGAUCCUAUUAUUUGCCGUUGGGGUUGGUCGUGCCGGUCGAACACAACCUCUAUUAUGGAAUAUCAGCUCGAAUCAAGCGGUUUGCUUGUCAGUUUUGAGGAGUUUUCAGAUUGCAUACAUUUUUCUUCGGUUGGAGUGGCAAUGGCUGGAACCGCGACAGAACAACUGGUUGGAAUUGGGAAGCCAGUUAUAACAUUUCCAGGAGAAGGACCUCAGUUCACAUACUCCUUUGCAGAGGUAUAUCCUUUAUUCAUUUUCAAUUGCAUUAUUUAGUCAAAUUUUAGGCACAAAAGAGACUUUUAGGUAAAUCUGUGUUUUUUCUUGAAGAUACAAGUCAAGUCAAAGCACUCCUACAAGAGUUGUGUAUGAUGAGCAGAGGCCUAAGGAACAAAUUUGUUGAAAACGGGACCAGGAGAUUGGGAACUCCUGGAGCUUCCAAGAAAAUUGCCCAUGAUAUUGUUAAUAUUAUUCGGAAAAUGAGAGAAUAGGAACCAACUCAACCGACAUAUGAGAUAGUAACCCAAAAGUAUCUCUUGGAGAUCUCGUCAAUGUCGUCCUGUUUUAUACGCCUACAAUUGCUUAUGAUCAGUUUCUCCAGUGACUUCAAUUUAGCCAUAACGUUUUUGAGUAUUACACGAGAAAGAUGCUCGCUGUCAGUUAUACACAACUGUUUUAGAAAUGGAGCAAACUGCCCUAUAGCAAGGAGGAUACUGGGGAUCUUCGACUCUUCAACAGUGC